CAGAAGGCUGCAGGAUGAACAGACAGCUGUUAUACUAAAAACACAACAAUUAGCAAUUUUGUUGCAAACUUUAUCCAAAAGUUACAACAUGCGUGGCAGACAGGAGCUCGUGCACGGAACCUGAUCGAUCAGCCGUGAGCGGAAGUAUCGAUUAUUCGGUUUAAAUUGGUUUCUCGGCCGUGUUUGUGGAGAGAGUUUAUCAUGAGGAGAGGCGUGAAUCAUCAGAGAGGGAGUGGAGCUGCUGAAUGGACCAGACAUCACAGAAAACCCGCUAACAAGCUAACAGGCUAACGAGCUGCCAUGGAGAGGUUCCAAUAAACUUUAUUAACAGUUUAACUCGGUGACAGUAUCAAAGAAAUGGACGCACUGCUGGACUUUGAGGAGUGUGUCAAAGACUCACCUCAGUUCAGGCGAAAGCUGGAGCUGUUUGAGGCUGAUGUGUCUACGCUGGAGACUCAACUAGAGAAGGUCAUGAAGCUCUGCAGUAAGAUGGUGGAGGCGGGGCAGGCCUAUAAUGCCGCCAAUCAGCUCUUCCUGAGUGGUCUGGCUGAUCUCACCAUGAACCACAAGAAUGACAGCGUCAUCACAAACUGUCUGAACCAGUUUAACCAGGGCCUACAGGAGAUGGUCAGCUUUCAAACUAUGUUGCUGGAUCAGACUCAGAGAGCAAUCAGCCAGCAGCUCACCAACCUCUGCACACAGUUCCUGCCUCAGCUUGCGGAGACGAGGAGAGAGUUUGUCCGGAUCGGCGAGGAUCUGGAGACGGCGGCGGUAAAGAGCGCUCAGGUGUCUCGCCACAAAGCUGCAGACGCCGAGCGGGCGAGUCAUCUGCUGCUAGCCACACGGAAAUGUUACCAACACUUCGCCCUGGACUACUGCUUGCAGCUCAACACCUUCAAGACUCAGCAGAGGAUCGACAUCUUAAACUCUAUACAACAUGAAAACAAGAGAACAAACAGAACAUUUAGAACAGAACCACAGGAUAAGGUGUUUUCUUUCGUCCAUGCUCAGUUCACCUUCUUCCACCAAGGCUUCGACCUGCUCAGAGACCUGGAGCCCACCAUGAAAACCAUGGCAGCUCAGCUGUCUCAGUUAUCAUCGGAGUGUAACGCUAAAAGAAAAGACCUGGAGAACACUCAUCUGCUGGUCCAACAGAGGGAUGCUUCUGGUGAGCCGAUGGUCAGCUCGUGUACCGAGAGCGAUGCCAUCAUCCAGGGUUACCUGUUCAAACGCUCCCGCAGGAAAUCCAAAACCUGGAAGAGAUGCUGGUUUUCCAUCAGAGACAAUCAGCUGAUCUACAGAAAGUCACACAAAGAGGAGAACAUGGUUCUGUUCGAGGAUCUUCGUCUGUGUGCGGUCAAAUCUCUGGAUCAUGUCGACCGGCGGUUCUGCUUCGAGCUGCUCUCGGUUCAGAAGUGCUGUGCUCUGCAGGCCGACUCAGAGCAGCUGAGGACGGCGUGGCUCAGCGCUCUGCAGGGCAGCAUCGACCUCGCCUACAGGGAGAGAGCUGAGCCUCAGCUCACACAGCCCAGAGAGCUUCCCCCUCCCCCAUGUGGUGGAGACCCCUCUCCAGGCCCCCCUGCUCAACGGCCCCCGGCACUUGGCGUGGCUCUCAGGGGCCCUGGAAACAACCGGUGCUGUGACUGUGGAGAGGAAGAGCCUCGCUGGGCAUCAAUCAACCUGGGUGUGACCAUGUGCAUCGAGUGCUCGGGUAUACACAGGAGCCUUGGUGUCCACCUGUCCAAGGUGAGAUCUCUCACUCUGGACUCCUGGGAGGCUGAACAGCUGAAGUUGCUGUGUGUGCUGGGAAAUAAUUUGGUGAACCAGAUCUAUGAAUCACGAUGUUCAGAGGAGGGGCGAGUCAAACCCACGGCCGACAGCCCACGAGCGGAGAAAGAGGCAUGGAUUAAAGAAAAAUAUGUGGAAAAAAGAUUUGUGCAGAACAGCCGAUCAGACGGAGAUCGUCACGUGAAGGCUGAUGCUGGGCUGCGUCUGUAUCAGGCAGCAUUGACAGGAGACCUUGUCGCCAUGGCGGUAGCGUUGGCCCAGGGAGCGGAAGUUAACGGGAGCAUCGCCGAAGAGGGAGGACGUACAGCAUUAAUAGGAGCUGCUGUUGGGGGGUCACUGCUGGCCUGUGAGUUUCUGCUGCUGAACGGAGCAAACGUGAACCAUCGAGACCAAAGAGGACAGGGAGCUCUGCAUGCUGCUGCCACCGCUGGCCACACCGGACAGGUGUGUCUGCUGCUGAAGAGAGGAGCCAAUCAGUACGCUGUGGACGAGAGAGGACAGGACCCAUUGGCCAUUGCCGUGGAAACAGCCCACGCUGACAUUGUCACACUGCUGAGGAUGGCUCGCAUGAAUGAAGAGAUGAGAGAUUCAGAAGGACUCUUUGGAGCUGUGGGAGACGACGAAACGUUUCAGGACAUCUUCAGGGACUUCAGCGACAUGGCGUCACACACUCCAGAACGACUGAAUAGACGGCAGUUCAGUCGCGGAGGAGAGGAGGAGGAGGGGGACGAUGGAGGAGGAGGAGAGGAGGAGGGGGACAACAGAGGAGGAGGAGGAGUGGUAAACAGUCGACACACCUAAUGAAAAGAUGCCAGAGUGACAGAAACUCAGACUUAAUGCCCUGCCGACUGCAGACUGGAGGACCACUCCUCCAUCACUCGGUUGCUAUGGUAACAGCAUGGCUGGACAGUGCUUAUUUCAACUUAGAGAAGAGACGACUGACAAAGCGUUAUCAGAUUUAUUAAUGUAGAUUAUUCUUAAUAUUAACAGUGAAAGUACAAGGUUACUUUAUGAACAGUUACUGUGGAUAAACUGAGUGUUACAAAGGGAUCAUGGAGGACGCAGCUGCAGCUAUAAGUGUUUAUUUUAUUAUAAAUUAAUCUACAGGAUACUUUAUUUAUCAUGCUGUUGGUUUUUUUUAACAUUUAAAGGAAAAGAAAAAGUAGAGAAAACUAACUGUCAGACAGUUAGUAUGUUAAAUCAGCGUGUUCUAACAGCAGGCAGUGUGAGAAAAUGUUGGGGACAAAGUCACUUUAAAAUAAGUUUGAUUAUCCUAACAGCUCAUGAGCAAUGCAUCGUAAAGUAAUAUACUGUUUUAACCACAUUACGCCUUUUGCAUUUUCUUUCAUGUUGCUCACAUUGGGCCUCAUUCUCUAAUGUCUUAGGACUAAAAAAAACAAGUCCUCAAGUUUCCCAGAGAACCUCUGUGGGAUUUAUGACACGUUCUUAAACUGCAUCAUUGUUCUCACCUGUGUUCUUGUCGAUGCUGGAAGCACGUGCACAUUUCUCCUUAUUAGCAUAGAGAAACGCCCCUUUUAUGCCCAUGUAAGGGCAUGAGACUGCAGGGUAAUGUGCAAACACAGAAAGCACACAUGAGUGAGAGGAUGAGAAGCAAAAUAUCAAUGCUGUUUAAGUUAGAUAAACAGUAAAAACAAUCACAGUACUUUGAAAUGUUUUAAUAAUUUUAAAGUAGUAAAGUAAUUCUAUUUUUAGCACCAGUAGUGGAUAUUAAGUAUAUGCUUCAAACAGAUUUAUUGAAUGAAAUCGCUGGUUCGAGCGAUAAAGAAAAUGACACUUUCAGAUGAGUUAAAAACAGUUAAAUGAAGAAUAAUUUUGCACCUUGGUUUGGAUUUUUUAACUUGUCUGUCAUCUUAAAGGUUUCUAAGUUUAAAAAAGUGUUGGAAAUGCUCUUGAAAAUCCCCUUAGCAGGCUGUACCGCACAAAAAAGAUCAUACCAAUCAAGGCAGCAGCGGAGCAGCAACCCCAGACUCUGAGAGGAAAAAUUAUAGUUUUUGUCAGUGGGGUCUGAUGACUUUAAGGAGAGAGAUUUAACGCUUGUUUUCACAUACAAAAAAAAAGGGAUUUUUCUCUUUACGCCUAUCCAGAGCCGUCCCGUGCUUCCUGCAUAACCAGAAUUGUAAACAUUGAUGUGAUAAUGAUAAAAAUCACUCACUCCUCUCCUGCACAUCUUUUCGUUGACUUUUUUUUUUUAAGCUUUGGUACUUUUUGUUACCAACAAUCUCUGAUUCCAAAACAUUUGAAAACCUUACAUUGCGCUCCUUUAUUACACAGAUGCCGUGUCAUCUUUGUUGCUACCUCUGUUUUCACUGUAAGGUAGAAACACCCUUGACUCCUUGGCUUCUGUUAUUUUUUUGAUUGAGAUCCCCCCUGGUGGCUGCAUUUACGUUCUUAAUUCUAGGUCUGGUGCCGUUGUUCCCUGCCUGGAAAAGGUGGAUUGCUCCUUCUGGGUGGUGAGUGAGGUUCUGCCUCUAGUGAAGGAGUUCAAGUGUUUUGGGGACUUGAUCAAGCCUUAGAUAUAAAGGGAGCAUGUAUGGAGUCAUUGCUGUUGCAAAAAUCAGCACAUUUUAACAUUGUGAGAGCAUGAACUAUUGAUGUGGGGCUCAGAUUUUCCUAUUAACUGGACUUUGCGCACUAUACUGCCUCCUUGUGUGUCGACUUUCUCCGUUUGUGCUCUAAUGUCUGCUUGCUCUCAAAUCUUAAAUUGCUUGCUCAAAUUUCUGCUCUCAGCCUCAAACAAUUCUCCUCUCAUUCAGGAUGCUUCUGCUUGUUUUUGAAACUGCCACUGUCUGAUUUUUCUUUAUGCUUUCGUAUAAAACUUUCACUGUAUAAACUUAAAACAUGACCCAACCAAUAGAAAACAGGUAGGGUACAGGACCGACCAAUCAUGUUGCGGUUGCUCUGCCUGUUGUUGCUAUGCUGUUCUCCAGCUAUGAUCUCACUCCCAACAUUCUAUCACAUACACAUAUUCUCAUUCUACUUCCAAGCUGUAUAACUCCAACUCAGUUCCUCCUAAAGACUACUUUUUUUUUUUUUAAGAUUUAUUUUUAGGCAUUUUUGUGCCUUUAUUAGAUAGAGGAGGACAGUGGAUAGAGUCGGAAACAGGGUCAAGAGUGGGGGAGAGACAUGCGGUAAAGGGCCUCAGGACGGAUUCGAACCCCGGCCACUCGUGUACAUGGGGAGCGCCUUUAACCACUAGGCCAAUUGCUCCCCCUACAGACUACAUUUUUGCUUUAACAAGUAGACAAAUUAUUCAGCUAUGUAUGCUGGAUUCACUUUUUGCUAUCUUUUAUGUGUUUUUUUUAUCUUUAAUGAUUCAGUUGUUUGAAUGAGAGGAGAAUGAUUUGAGCAGGAAACUUGCACAACUUGAAUAAGCAGCUAAAGAUUUGGGAUCAACGAAAUAUUUAGAGCACAAAGGUAGAUUUACUAGAAAGUUUAAAGAAAAAGCUGAGCUCAAAAUCAAUAAAUCAUGUUCUCAAAAUGUUAAAAUGCACUCUUUGAGUUUUGCCCGGGAUGCGUAUCAUGAGGACUCCUCCUGGUGCUUCCAUUUGGAGGUCUUCCAGGCCUGCCUAACUGGGAGGACACCUCAUGGCAGACCCAGAGCUCACUGAAGGGAUAAUACAUCCUGACAAUUGCGUCACAAGCUAUGACAGGUGCUUCAAACAAUCAUUAAGAGCCUUUAGGAGGUAAUAAAGAAGUACUUUAACUUUGGCCUUAAAAUUAGUUCUCUUAUCAGUCCUCUUAGCGUUCAAUCUAGCACCACCACCAGGUCAACUGUAUGAUCCGUCCAAUACUUUACUGAACUGAUAACAUUCCCAUUAACCUGAGCUGUGAGCUGAUUACUGAAAACUAGCUUAUUUUAGCUAAAUGGCUAACACUGCUAACAUCCAAACAUCAGGGUGUAAACUUAUGACACUGUGAGCAUGUUAGCAUUAAGCUAACACUAGCCAAACUUAGACUGUUAGUUCUGUUAAAUUUCUGAUCAAUUAAAAAAACAGGAAACUUGCUAAUUAUCUGUAGGAUUAUUUGGUGUUUUUUUUAUGCAGAGCAAGGCUCUCUGUGUCCUUUUACUAUCAUGCUAAGCUAAGCUAACUUUGUUUACUCUGUAGAAAGAAGAGUAUAUGUAUAGUACUGUGCAGAACUUUAAGGCAUGCUUGGGUCAAAAAUUGGGGCUGAAGUAAGGCGUAGAUGUGACAGUAAGUCACCUGAGGUCACCACUGGUCAGGUUACUUUCUUAUUUUUGUCUCUUUUCAUUCAUCAAACCUGCUGAAAAUACAUUUAUCAGAUCUGUUUGUCCAGAAACUUGAUGUUGAUGAGCAAUGAUAAAACUAAAACUAAAGGGUUUAAUCUAAUUAACUCACCUCUAUUGGCAGAUUAACUUUAAAGAAAGUAUUAAAAGUCCUUAUUAGAAUAGUCCUGUUCCAGUUUGAAGGCCAGUCAGUCUGCAUGGAUUUAGCCAGAUUUGGGCCCGACUGCUUCAUCAUAGCUUAGUGUCACCAAGCCAUAAUUCUAGCACUCUCAUUGUGAUAUAAUCAAUGAUGCGUCCAUGAAUCAACAAGACCGGCAUUUCAGAAUUUUCUAGCAUCUUCAACAGCAUAUUGGGGCCUCUCUAAAAGCUUAGUAAGAUAUAUGUGGAUCCAGUACUGACCAACAGGAGAGCUUUUGUUCCCUGUCUUUGUGUGGUCAUUCACCCAGUGAUGCUAUACGAUUCCCCACAUCCCUACAGGUAUCUGCUAGCACACAGCAGAGCUAACUAGGUUUACUUUCUUAACAUUCAUACCUCAAGCUUUCCCUGAAGGAUAAACAGUCCAUAACAUCUUCUUCUUCAUACAUAAGGAUGAGUCCAUGGUCGUGUUGUCUGCUGUUUUUCAGGACUGCUAGCAUCACAUGCAGCGCCUCUUUUGUAGCUGUGAUUUAUACUCUGAUGUCCGCCCAGUCUCCCUCACUGUGAUGGGAAAUCUGUCUCUUUUAAAGGUCUAGAUCAUUUGGCUCAGCUCUGUAGAGCUGGUUGUUUGGUUCUCAUAUGGCUCUUCAUUUGGUAGCAGUUUGGCUUUUUCAGUGGGGAUUAAAUAAUGGUAAAUCUGAGCAAAGAAACCUGGCCCUUAGAUGGGAGCUAGCUACUGUGGUCUACACUAAAGAGUUGUAGAGACAUUGGACAGCAGAAAACAUCACGAUGAUUGGUCGGAAUCAUGUUUCUAGUGCUGCCAGUCUGUCGGUCACCUCCAAUUUGCCCACACAGUGACCGUGCCGCAAUCCACUGGCAAAUCGUACUGAGGAGCCCAUCACUCCCUCUCUAGUCUAUCAGUUCAAUCGGUCGGGCUCUAGUACUCACUCAGUGGAGAGAGCAAUAAUAUUAUGGACUCAUGCCAGAGUGGAUGAUAAAUUAACCCCAAAAGGUAAAAUCAUUCUACUCCUGUGUGAUCUCUGCCCGCUGAUCAGGGCUGCGCUCUAACAGUGGGCGAGGUCGCCCCUGCCUUCAGUCGGACCAAACCCACGGCGCUUCAGUGCAGGGCGCAGUUUUCCUAUGUGGAAACUGCGGAUCAGACAGGAUGAGAGUUUGGUUUUUAGUCUAACAUGGCACCACUGUUAGAAACAAGAGAACAGGGAAGUCUGAUCUGGCCUUUUGUCCUGAAGUCUAUUAGAGAUAAAAAUGUUUUAUUUUUAUUUUUUGCCUCAGUUUACAUUCAAGAAAAAACAUGAACAGAAUAAAUAACAUGACUGAUUUUAUUUAACUAAAGAUGCAUGACAUUGAACCAUCUCUCUCCUGAGAUUUAUUAUCAAUAUAUCAGCCACACAUCUCAGCAGGAUAUAUGAAUGUUACAGCCAAGUGUAACGUUUGUGGAGUUUUAAGCUGAAUCAUGUUUUAGCAUUGACACAAACAAGACUGGUAAUAGCAGCAUGAUAUAUCAGCACAAAUCCAGGAUCAAACAUCCCUAUGUAAAAUCUAACUUUAAUCCUGCUUUAAACUGAGAUGCCUUUGUGGCCAAGUGUCCUUGAACUCGUCCCGUUUUCCUCACCAGGAUUUAAACCAGAGACUCUGAGAUCCGGAUCCAUCAGACAGCCAUGUGUUCCAGGUUUUUGAAAUCUGUUGUUUUUGUGUUUUCUCAUUUGUGUUGAAAGGGAUUUAAUGUCCAGCUGCUGGUUUAAAAUAAAAGCAGUUUUUAUCUGUUUUUAAAGGAUUAAAGCUAAAACGGUGUGAUCCCGUCAGACUGGGCUGUUUGCUGUGAGUUUUGACUGAAUGGACCUACAGGCUGUAGCAGAACUGCUGCUGUCACAUGGAAUCUUGUUUUACUGAAAUAUAAAGAAUUUAAAGAGUUAUCCUAUCUGUUGAGAACAUGUCUGUAUCAUUUCAAAAUGGUGGAUUUUUUCCUUUUUACUGAGACAUUUCAGACUGUUACUAAUGUGAUGCUACUGCUUAAUAAAACCACUAAACACA